AAAUUAAUAAUAAAAUAAAAAAAAACAUUAAGUAAUACAAUAAAUUAAAUUAACCUAAAUCUAAGUCUUAUAACUAAAAUAGCCCAACAACACCUCUAUUGUUCAAUUUGUUCAUGUGCAUAGCGUUCCACUUUGCAACUAUUGGACAAUCUAAACUGUCAAUAACAGUGUUCAGAAGGCUGUUGGGGCUGACUCUAACACGGCGCAUCAGGGAGGCCACUCUCUUACGCAUUAUGGCUUGAAAGCUAUCUACGUGAGCUUCCGCAAACAUCCCCGACGCACUGCAAAAUCGAGGCAACCCCAAGAACACCCUGAAACCGUUAUUAUACUGGAUGCGUAAGGCAUUGAGAGAUUUCUGCGUACACUUGACCCACAGGCUGCACGUAUAAAAAGACUGACAAAAUGCGUUGUUUUGAUAAAAAGAGUUGUUUUGACACUCUUCGUGCAACGUGCAAACCUGCGAGCCAACAUGUUGCUUCUCACCGCCAAUGCCCUACGCUCACGCUCCACGUCAAGAUCGUCAGAGAGGUCCUCGGUGACCCAGUGCCCCAAAUACAUAAACUGAGUGACAUUUUUUAACUCAGUUCCUCCCAGUUUUAGUGGUGGUAUGAACUUCGGUUUUUUUGAACCCGCCUUAAACACGAGUAGCUCACUUUUCUUGGAGUUGUAUUUGAGACCGUGGGUCUCCGCGUACCUCUCACAGAUUCCUAUCAAUAUCUCCAGGGCUCCGAUCGAUGGGCUCAGCAGAGCCAUGUCAUCAGCGUAGCUUAUAUUGUUCAUUAUUUUGCCACCAACUGAGCACCCAAUGCCGGCUCCGGUGAGCUCCUCGGUCAGGCUAUUGAUAUAUAGAUUGAAAAGCCGCGGAGACGUCAAACCUCCCUGCCUCACGCCGCAUUCCAACCUGUACUCCUCUGAGUAGUAGAGUGACAGAGAAAAAUGCCCGCAUUUGACGAACUUUAAUUUUCGCGGUUAUAGCCCUCACACUGGUAAAUACCUAGCCUAUUUUAGUGAUCCGACCAAUAUCGGAUUUUUGGAGAAACCUUAACCGAAGGUUGGCUUUGCUUUAGUUUCGGCCGAAACAUGAUUAUUAUGUCGAACCCUAUCGAAACCCAAACCGAAACUUCGGUCGGAUAUUACCGAAAAUACAGUUUCGGCAAAGCCGAAAGGUGCGGCAGUAUUUUGACCGAAACCGAACCUCGGCCGAAACAUAAUUUUUCCGCCGAAACCGAAACCCAAACUUCGGCCUGUGCUGUAAAAACCGCUGCAGAGUUAUCUUGGUCUAUUUAUUUAUUUAUUUUAUUUAUUUAUUACGCAACUUUUAUUUGACAAGACCCUACAUAAAGCUACCUUUCCACCUACCGUUUACGGUUAAUGAAUUUAUCUACUAGGUAUGUUUAAUGUUUCCAGUUAAUCGAUAUAAACAGUUUAAAUAGUAUCGAUAAAACACAGACGAAACUAUUGGAAUCUCAAUAAAAUCGCGUUUAAACAGAGGUAUUUAUUUAAGUGGUUUUACAGCCCGCCACACGCGGUAAAUAUCGCCAUUACGACAGACCACACAAUACCUUAGUGAUUUACAAAACAAGUUUAAAUUUAGCGAUGAACUGUACUUAUGCAAUGAAUGAGUAAUGAGAUUAAGUACCAAACCUACGUGAAAGUAAUUUAAUCUGAAAUGGGUAGUAAAUCUUUAAUUCUAAGUUGAGUUGUUGUUAGUGCCACCUAUUGCAAAUUCAAAUAAUGUGAUGUCAGUUCAUGUUUGACGCAUUGAGUGCUAGAUGUCGCAUUCUUUUUAGUUUGUCUACUCGCCAAGAGAUGGCAGUGUAAGGGCAGCUAAAAUAACAAAUUAUUCGGUAAAACAAAACUUUUGUUAAUUUGUUACUAUUAUAUAUAUAUUGUGCCUUAAAUACCUACUUUUACCAUUUAUUGUUGUUCUUUAUUUUGAAACCUUACCUUGGUUUGGACUGAACACCAAAACCCCAUUGGAACAUUUGGAACAGAACAAUCAAUAGGCAUAGAAAAAUGACGUUUGUUGACAGUUUCGCUUUGUUAUCGUGCAGAUUAUUUUCUACUUUUCGGUUUCGAACAAAAUUCUUGUGUUUAAAUAUAGGCAAAUUUCAUAUGGAUUUGAAAAAUGAAGCAAAAACAAUGGAUAUGGUCAGCGUGCCACCAAUCGUGGCGACAUACCGGCUCGCCCUGCAAACCUUCGACGAGAAGGCUACGGCCGACCUCCCUGCCAACAUAAACAAACUUAAAAAGAUAAUGGACACAUUAAGAAGCGAAGACCUAGGUUUGGAGAGACGGUUAUGCGAUCCGGCGACGUGGAAAAAUCCUGACAAAGCCCCAUGUACGUACAUUCAAGUAUUUCAAAACAAUGUCGUCAAUAUGAGUAUUUUCGUGUUGCAACCUGGAUUCAAGAUGCCGUUGCACGACCAUCCUCAUAUGCACGGUCUAUUGAAGGUAAUAUACGGUGCCGUGAACAUUCGUAGUUUCUCCGAGCACCCUGUGACUGAAAAGAUGAGCGCUAUAGACAUAGCAAUACGCGCAAAACACGAGGCCGCUAGGCUCGCUCACGGGACACACGUAAAGCGAAAGUUUUUCGCUGAAGUUUCACAGGAUCGCGUUUGUAAAGAAAAUGCUGAGACGUGUGUGCUGACUCCGACUGUAUCUAAUUAUCAUGAGAUACAAGCUCUUCAUAUGCCGGCAGCGUUUUUCGAUGUUCUAUCACCACCUUAUGAUACCUUGAUAGAAGGUAUAGGGCCAAGGCGAUGUAGCUACUAUAAAGUUCUCAACAAAUUGAGCUCUAACUUAGUGGAAUUGCAAGAAACGGUAGCGCCGGAUUGUUUUUUCUGUGAUCAGUCUCCUUAUUUAGGCCCUAAGCUGGCAUAGGUACAAAUUAAGUUAUUAGGUAGCUAUAAAAUUGAAAUAAUUGACCAGAAAUUGACCUUAAAUGAAUUUGAUGAAAAAUGUUUAAUACAUUUUUUAGUUAUUAUUAUAUUCAUGAUAAUAUAAUACUGUAACUGUCAAAAAUAACUUUGUCUUAACACACAAACAGAGGUUUUUACAAUAAGUAUAAUCAUAAAAAUAAUGAAAUUACCCUUUAUAAAUAAUUAUAAAAGUAAGGUUUAUGAAAACCCUCUUUAUCAAAUCUGUGUAAGAAUCAAAUGGCCAUCUAAUUAAGCAAAUAUUAUGACAAAAAAUAAUUACGUAAUAAUUUUAAACUAAAAUGACAGUCAGUUUUUUUUAAGUACUGCUAUCCAUGUCUAAUACAGUAAUUUUCUUGGAUUACUUUUUAUAACAGAGUUAAAAAUUAUCAUAAAUGCUACUCAGAAGGUAAUCUGCCUUCAAAAUUACAGUAAUCUAUGGCUGUCAAAAUAAAUAGUUCAAAUAUUUUAGUGCCUUGAUUUUAAAAUGUUUUCUGGAUGUCUUAAUUAAAACCAACAGAAAAUUUACUCUUAAUCCAGUUGUCAGAAACUCCUAAUCUCUAUACAAAGUUGUAUUAUUUAAUAUCACAGACCCAUAUUAAAUAUUUGCACCCCUGGUAUUUUAAGUUUAGCUGCCCCAAGUUGUCCAAAGCUGACUAUAAAGUUUGGCUUCUGCGAAGAGGAGCUGGAGUGGUUAGAGUAGCGCUACCUUGUUUCUCGCAAAAUAGGGACAAUGGUUGUCGACUUGCAGAAAAUGCCCAAAAGCACUAACUAACUUGGCUCCUGUGAGUACUGGGAGAGAUAUUUAUAUAGCCCUGCCAAAACAUCUGAACCCAUUCAUUUCUUUAUCAUUCCAUUAGUCUUUUAGUAAUUGUAUACUUAUUGCAGCACAAUAUAAAGGAAUCACUAUUCAACAUUAUAUGGUGGUAAGACCUAUUUUAGAUGAUACAACUUUGUAUGAGGAAUUUCAUUUUUAAUUACCAGCAGGGCCAAAUUUAGGGGAGGGCAACUGGGGCCUCCACAAAAGAGGGACCACAAUAGAGACUUCGGAAAAUUGUCUAUUUUAUUUGGAAAAUCUGGGGCCUCCACUCCUUUGUUGCCCCGAGGCCUCCAGACCUCUAAAUCCGGCAUUGAUUACCAGUCUGGUCUUUGUAUAUUUUCUAUGAUUUCACACUAGGGAUGUAAGAAGGGCACUAAGUUUAAGAUUAUUAUCAGUCAGCAUCACUAGUUAAAUUAUUUCAAUGUUAACAAAUGUUACAUUAUCAGGCAUAAGGUGCCACUGAUAAAGUAGUGCCUUUUGGCUGGGAAAGACACAAAUAUAGAGUCUAGAUGUUACCACUAAGUAUAAUCAUUCAGUCCUAUUGAUCUCCAUGAAUUUUCUGUCAUACUUUUAGGUAAUUAUUAUUCAAAGUCGAAAUGCACUUAUACAUGAAGAAAGGUCAAUUAAAAUAGGCUUAAAUCCAUAUCUUUUAUAAAAUUAUUUGUAACAAGAUUCUAUAUCUUAAUCUGUUUAGGCAUUUUUUUUUUUGUUUUAUCUUUAAUGUGACUGUUUUCAAUCGAUUUCUUAUAUUUAUCAUUGUUUUACCAAGCAGACCUUUAAAAAUAUUUUUAAUAUACAAAAAUGACAGUUUUAGUUGAACUUUAUCCAUUCAAUCACGAGAUUGAUUAAUUUGAUGAAUAUUAAAUAUGUAUAACAAUCAUGAAGUACGUAAAUCAUACGUUCAUCCAUAAUUGAUUUUAUUAUGUGACUUUUAAAACGUAUUCUCUUCUGCAAUAAAUUAAAAAUAAUUUUAUGAAUGUUAGAAUAGAAUAAUGAUUAUAAUUAUAUAGUAAUGUACCUUGUUAAUUGUGUCAUAUUUAACUUUAUAGUUAAGUAUCAGGGUAUUGCGACCACUAACAUUAAGUGAUACUAAUCAAAUCAGUGAUGUAGCUAUAAACUUGUGUGUGGAGUGAAUGUUAGAGAAAUACUUUUGGUGUGACCCUCGUAAGGCAACACAAUAAGUUUUGUUUUUAUGUUCUAGAUACUAAAAUUACAGUCACAGUAACAUACGAGCAAGCAAAUACCGGUUUAUUUCCGUUUUCUCCGAACUUUCAUAAGAACGCGAACGUUUUAAGAACUUUAUUGUAACUUAAAUAAACCGGUUUAUUUGACAAGUGACGAGACGGCCGGCCGGUCCGGUGGUGUGCCGCGUAAACAAAGACACCGAUAUAAGAAGAAACCGGUUUUUAUUGUUCUAAACCGGUUAAUCUGACAAGAAUUUUAUGAAAAUGUUAUUUUAAAAACCAGUUUAAAAAUAAUGAUUUUGAGAACGAAAAAUUAAAAGGUUUUGCGCCAAGUACAUGAUAACGGUUUGGAAAUUUAACCGGUUUCCGAGCCUUGCUUACGAGGGUAUCUGGAAAAUCUGGUAUACAGGGCGUCCCAAGACUACGGGACAUCAAGGGAAAGUACCUUAAAUAUCGUAGAUAGGAUAUUUUGCUGAAAUUAUGUUAUUUUUAAAAGUCAGUAAUUCUGCAUUUAAAGGUUUUCUAAGAAUUACUUGCUUCGCCUGGGAAUCGAACCAACUUAAAUGUAAAAAAAAAAUCAUCCUAUUUUUAUGAUGCCAAUCGAUAGAAUGGACAAAAAAUAAUAAUUCUUCCUAAGUAACAUAGUAUUUUAAAAGAAAGGAACGACGUAAAAUGUUUGAGUCAAAUUUCAAGAAAAUUAUUAAGUCGGUUCGAUUCCCAGACGAACCAAGUAAUUCUUAGAGAAUCUUUAAAUGCAGAAUUACUGACUUUUAAAAAUAACGUAGUCUUCUUUCAGCAAAAUAUCGUAUCUACGAUAUUUAAGGUACUUUCCCUUGAUGUACCAUAGUCUUGGGACGCCCUGUAUAUAAGUUGACCUUAAAUAAGAAUUUUGAUUAGCUACACCACUGACACUUUAAGGCUGUUUCUUAAUCUUUGGAAGGCUUAUUAAGUAUUUUAUAUUUAUGUUAAUCUGCAAUGCUAUUGUACGGUCAGCAGAGGAUAUAGUCCUCUAUCUGAUUCUGUUGUCUGACCAUACUGAACACUUUUACUAUAGGUCAAUUUAUCAAAUUAUAUAUUUCGUAAAUUUCGGCGAUUUACAUAUCGAUGUUUUCUAUCCAAGAAUCCAUUCUUAUUUUGUUCGCGAUUUCGGGGUUGACCCCUAAUUUUAAAACUUUCAGUAUGUCCCAUUUUCAUGUACACCUAAAAUACGUGAAUUGUUAGUAGGUAUGAUACGAUGGAUGAAAGAAAUUCAAAGAUUACAUGCACAACAACAAUGUUAGGAUUCACUUUAACGGUUUUAACUAAAACGGGGCAUAAAGUGACCCUUUUCCUUGCUGUCUGGUAUAGUUUUGUAGUACAGUGAAGUUUUAAAAGACUGAGCUGACCGUCCAGUGGCACCAUCAUUAGGGGAAUUGUGUUUUCUAAUAAACCAAUUAAUAUCUGUAUAAAUCAGGACAUUCAUAUUGUUGUCCUACUUAUUCCCCAAUUUUUAAUACUUUUGACUCUAUCACCUAAAUGUGGCCACCAUUUGCCGUUUAGUUGAUAAAGCAAAAUAAAAUUACCUACAUAUGUGACACAUACCAAAAGUUGGGGAAACAGUAGGACAACAAUAUUAAUAUAGUGAUUUAUACAGAAAUUAAUUGGUUUGUUAGACAACACAAUUCCCCUAAUGAGGGCGCCACCGGACGGUCGACUGUCUUAAAUAGUAGUCCUACAACUUUUAAGUAUGUAAUAUAACCAAAACCGUACUAUUAUACUGUAAAUUUUAUUAAACAAACGCUGUUAUUUGACGCCAUUAACUAUAGUUACUUUUUGUAAUAAAUAACCACACCAAAACAUUUUCAAUGGUAUAACAUUCCAAAAUCUGUUUAAGUUAACAUGUGUAAAAAGCACAGAAAGCUAUAAUUUUGCAGCUUUCCGUACCCUGGCGAAAAGUCAGAUGAGAUGAUUUUUCAGUCAUGUAGAGUACCGUAAAAUGGGGUGACUGUGAAAAUUUAAUUUUACGCUACUAUAACGGUUUCUUGCAGCACCUGAAUUAUUUAAACUAACUGAACUCAACAACUUGAAGUCUGUCAAAAUAGCCCCGUUUGUAGUUUUUGCUUUUAACUGAUAGAGUGAUAGCUAUAUUCGUCAGUAAUAAAAUUGUGUUAUCACCUUUUAUACAGAUUUCUCCCGUCAGGGUAUUCAAUUUUAAACCUAGAUCAACUCUUCAUCACGUAACUGUAUCUGAAUACUCUGAAUUCGUUUCCCUAUAUCUUUUUUCUUGUUUCAUCUCUCGGUAGUUCACCUGUGUGCAGUAGCAGACUAAAAAAUUAAAAAAAUACAUACAUAAAAAUGGGGCUACUUUGAUAUACUUAAUCAAAAUUUCCGAAGUCACACCAUUUUUCGCUUAUGUCUCCUAGAAACCGGUAAAUGUAGAUAAUGUCUUUAAAAUUAAAUCAGUAAUGAAAUAAAUACAAAUUGAUUCUUGAUCUCUAAAAUAUGCAGUUUCAAUGAAAUAUUAUUGUGAAAGAAUUUUACUUUAAGUUCUAAGUUUGUAGGUUUCACUUAGACCUAAGUCUCGUUUUGUAAUGGUUUCUCGGACAUAGUAUUGUAUUAAAUUGAUGUUUUUGUUAAAUAAAAUAUAAUGUUGUUAAAAAUGUCUCGUUUAUUUUGAGUGCUCUUUUUGUUUAAGACACCCCACCACAUAUUAACAUGAACUCGCCUCCAAUAUAAACGAGAUAGAGUCAAUUUCUGCCUGUUACUAGAGAUUAAAAAUAAUACUAAGAAAUAGUUAUUAUUGAUUUAUUAAAAAAUAACAGUAGCAUAAUAAUAAAGUAAACAAUCGUAAGGAGCAAGAGAGCAUUCAAAUAGUCUUCAAAAUAUUACACAAAUUUUACUACAAUACCGGGCAGAUUUUAAGAAAAACAAUUUACGAAAGGGUAAUGGUAGUCUAGGUUUUAGAUGCUUCGAAAAUCUAGAAGAACUUAAAUUAUAGACAAGGUAUAUUCGGGUAGUUACGAAAGGAAACAGACUAAAAAGUACCGGAUAAUUACGAAAAGGAACUCUUAUUGCAACGGAAUAUGAGUGAUUUUAAACGAUUUUCGGGAUUACCCAAUUUACGAAACUAUCCGAAUACACCUUAUAUAUUUUUCUACACACACACUUAUGAGGACCUCGCUCCAAACGACUCACUAACGAACACACAUGAUUGCACACACGAAUUAAAGAUCUACUAUAGAAUUAAUAAGCGAAUGUAAAUAUAUAAUUUGUUUUGAUAGUAAAAUAAUUUUAUUAUAACGUUAAACUAAUUGAUGGUCAAGACUUUAUUGUCUAAGGCAUAAAAAUUUCCUAUAGAGCACCUAAAACAAGUCAAUGAUAUAAUUUAACCAAUUAUUUGUACUGCUUUUAAGUUAGAACACCAACAAAGGUGCUUUUCCAUUGUUUUUAUUAAACUAGAGCUAUGACUACAAUGCUUGACGAAAUAAAAAAAAUAAUAAUUUAGAAAUAAAUACCCUGGUGUCAUU